UAAAACAUAAUAAAAGUUUACAGUUUUUACAGGCCUUAUUCUGUCAGGGGUUAAUUCAAACAGGCCCCUUUGUUCUGUCCCAGCAGGAGUUAAAGAAAGGCUUACUGCUUUAGGGCUACAACCAUUGUAUUUGUUAGGACUGUUUACUGUUGGCCCUGACAACAGAUUUAGCUUUUUAAAUAAACAGAGUGCAGCCCUACACUCUCUUUUCGAACAGUUGGGAUAUUGCUACGUGGAAUAUAAAGUGAAAAAUGGAUGAGAGGCACUGGUGGAUAGCAGGAAAAGUGCAGGAGACCUUUCAGAUUGGAGGACAGGAAGAUGCAUCGACUGCAUUAGAAACAUUUUUCUUGCAAGCAGAAAAUCUUCAUCUAAUUAACAGGUUUCUACAGGUUGGAGGAAUCCAGGCACUGUUUUUCUUUGCUGAAACUAAGAACGAAACAAAUAAAUCAAGAUGCCAACUGCACCUCCUGUCUGAUCUGCAGAGAAUGGAAAAUAUGACUGAAAGAAUGGCCUUUCCUACUAUACUCUUCUUUCUACGCCCAGAGACAAACCAUGAUGUUGACUCUACUCAAAUGGAGCGGGAAAUCUUCUGUGGGGAAAUAAAGGACAACCCUCUGGAGAGUCUCAGAUGCCUUUUAAAUGAUCUUUAUAUCCCAGUCCUACGUGCUCAGAAAAACUGGGGAUCUUGCAGCCCUGAGAAUGUCACCAUUUUUUUGUCUGGUUUAGAGAAAUAUGUUGCAGCUAUUGAGGAAGCUACAAGUAUCACUACAACUGAUAAGCACCAGAUAUUGAGAAGACCACAGCACAGUGUGAGCAUUGAUUUUUUGCAACAGAGAUCUGCCAUUGUGGAUUCUGAGCUGGUUAAUGAAAACGAAGGUCUGGUUUCUGAAUGGAUGAAAACCAUUGAGCAAAUUUUGAUGGAAGCUGUAGAUGAAAGGGUGCUGGAUAUUGCAAGUACACCGUUAACUGAACUUGAAUGCUGGCAUCAAAGGCAAAGGAUUCUGGAACUCUUGACAGAGCAGCUUAGAGGAAAGGAUUAUAAAAACGCCAUUGGCCUUUUGAUUUCCUCCAAGUCUCGACUGCUGAAGAAAUGGAAGGCAGUGGAUAUCAGUAUUACAGAUGCAGCAAACACUGCCAAAGCUCGAGUUAAGUACUUGGAAGCGCACUCACGUCACCUAGAAGCUCUUGGCACUGAAAAUGAUCCCUGUACCCUGAUAAAUAGCAUUCUGCCAGCGUUUUUCUCUGGCCUCCAACAAACAGAAACCAUGACAAGAUUCUUCUCCAAAAAUGGGUUUCUGGGACUCCUUCUCACAAAGGUGUCGAAUCAGCUGACACAGAAUUGUAUAAGCUUCCUGCAUGAAUGUAUUAUGAAUAGAGAAUCGGAAGACAAUAUUUGGGACAAAAUAAGGGAUCAUAUGAAGACUGGAUUAUUAGCAGGGACAAAAGAAGAAAAGAAAAUGAAAAAAGACAAAUACAAGGGAGAAAUGAUAAACAGUAGCAGUAGUUUCUAUGAGCGGAUACAAGCCUGUUUGACUGUUAAAAAUAAUUUUAAGGAAGAACUGUAUAAUUUGCGGGAAUGGCUGCAAGGAGUUCAUGGAAUGCAGCGAUAUCCCUCCUCCAGUUCCAUUUCUACCCUUCCUGGAAAACAAUCUGUACUCAGCAUGAAAACGAAUAAGGCAACAAUUAAAAAACCACCAUCUGUGACAUCCAGUUAUGACCAGCAACAUGAAUACCAAAGUACUGGCGUGCAUAUAACAGACGAUGACACUAUAAUGUACCAUUUGGAAGCACUCUGCAUAAGGCUUAAACAAAUGUGUGAUAUCAUGGACAAACUGCAAGAGUUCAAAAUAUUAUCCAGACAAACAGAAGACUUAAGAAAACCUGCUCAGGAAGACCUCAUUGAAGAUGAUGAAAGUGAAUCAGGAAGUGUGUGUGAGAUCUCUAUUAAUGAUGAACUAAAAGAAUCAGAUACCAGUCCUGAACAAGCCCCUCAACAUGUACAAAUUGUGAAACAAAGUAUAGGAUCUGCCGGAAAACUCCAGACUCUUAUUGAAGAAGAUGAAGCUCAGAUUUUUACAGAAGACUCAUCUGCACUGCCAAGUCUACAUGUAAAUGAACAGGACAUUUACAUUUCUGGCUAUGAUCUUACUAUUUUGAAAGAGAGCAAACAGCCAACACAUCAGGAAAACAAUUCUGAAAUGGUGCUUUCAAAUGAGGAAAAGCGUAUGCUUGCUAAUCUUUACAGCUGGGAAGAUGAUGAAGAAGAGUCUACCUUGUCAUCUAUUCUCCUGGAAAAACUGGAGGAGAUAAUAGACAUGCUAUCACAGUACAUUGACACUGAUGUGUUUUUGGACACUGAAAGAACAGGUCAGAACCCAUGUGAAGAGGGAUACUGUGAGUUCCUAGUGAUGAAUCAACAGGCAGAGAAAUAUAUCUCGGUGUACAUUCAGGCUCUUUUUCUAAGGAAAAUAUCUACUGAAGAAGCUCUUGCCAUUCUUGAAAGGUUUUCAAUUGUAAGUCAUCGGCCAGGCAUACAACAUAUUAUUAAUGAAUGUUACAUGGAUGUCUUUGAUUGGUUCUAUGAAGAUCUUAGGGAGACUCAACAAGUCUAUGAAACAUUUAAGGAUGACCCUGUUGUUCCGAGGAAUAUGCCUCCUGUUGUGGGUGCAAUAACCUGGUCACGAAAGUUGCUGUCAAAAAUUGAAAACCCAAUGAAGGUUUUCCGAAAUGUAAGAAUUAUAAACAAGUGCGUCACUUAUACAGAAACAGUUAAACUAUAUAACCGUAUAGCCUCUGCACUGGUGGCUUAUGAAGAGCUAUGGUAUCAGAAAUGGAAAGCACAGGUAGACAAAAGUCUGAGUGGUCUUAGCUGCCCUUUGCUCAUCCGUGACCCCAUUACACAACAGCUGGCAGUUAAUACAGACAUGAGAAUAAUUCAUUUGAUUGAGGAGACUAAAUGGAUGUUGCGAUUUGGGAUACCUGUUCCAGAGGCAGCCCUAGCAGCUUUUCAGCAGUCUGAGAAAUUCAAGAUGUACAAGAGCGACUUGGAGGAUGUGGUGCAAGAAUAUGCGAAGCUUCAAAAGAAGAUUCCUCAGAAUUUAUCAAAGUUAUUCACCUCCCAUCUAGAAAGAGUUAACAGUCAGUUCCAACCUGGCUUGUCUACUGUGUCAUGGAGAAGCAUCAACAUAGAGGGCCUUCUUCAUCAAACUAACGCUGCUGUCAAAAGGUUACAGGCCAUUGUUGAGAACGUCUCUGCAAUUAAAGAAAAACUGAUUGAGAAAACUUUGGAAGACAUACGCUGUUUUGAUCUACUUUGUGUAGAGGAUAUGACUACGGAGCCAAUGAGCCCUGACGUAUUUGUACAGCAGAUGGAACAGUAUUUUUUGGAAAAGAAAGCUACAUUACAAGUUAUGGUUUCUGAUGUUAAAUGUGCACUUGAGGAUGUUAUUCGAGAACUUAGUGAUAUUCAGGAGUCUAAGGAACCCAUGCAAGAAAAGAAAGCAAACGUAACUUCUAAUUUGCGGUUCCAGAAGCCAACAAAUAAACAGCACUCUGCACCCUCAUCCUCAGACAAAUGUGAUAAUUCUGAAGAAAUUAUCAAUCAAGUUAUGGAAACACUGUGUUACCAGACAUGGCAGGCUGUAUAUACCUGUGUUUGCCGGACACUAAUACAUUUGGCCAAGCUAGUGGCCAGUAAUUCUGAUAAAAUUUCAAGAGAUUUACAAAGUGUGCUGAACAGAGUGACAGAAGACAAUCCAACAUUAGGAUGGCCUCUGAUAAAACAAACGCAGGGACAGAAAAUAAGGUUUAAACUCCUUCUGACUAUUAGGAUUCCACAUAUUGCGAUUGACCCUCCUGUAGACUCAGUGCAGGAAUCACUCGUGCAAGUUCUCUAUUCCAUUUUAAACAUUGGGGAUUCAUUAAACUGGUGGUGUGGAGCAAAAAAGGGAGAAUCAUUCAGUGUGUCUAUUUGUAAGGAUGAACUACUGCAAAAUAUCAAAGCCCUCAUUGUGAGCUCUGUAAAUGAUGUAAAACCCGCUGUUCAGAAGCAAGUGUUUAAUCUGAGCACUUAUAACUUUUUAUGGGCGGACGAUAUGUACAAACAAAGCAAAGAGUUCUUGGAGAAUGACCCUGGGCUCCACAUUGUUCACAAGGAAGUACAACGCUUUUUAGACCUUGAACAAGUAAUUAAAGAAUAUCCAGAGGUUCUAGAAUUAGGCUGCAUCUGCCUCAACUACUCACUAAUUAAAGAAACAUUUAAAGGAUUAACAGGAAGCUGGAAAUCUCAUUAUGCAGCCAUUUUACAUCAGCAUGCUAAGCAAAAUCUGCAGAGCGUUGUACAAUAUCGGGAGACAGUGUGGAAGCAACUUACAGAGCCAGUACAAAGCCUGGAAGAAUUAAAUUCUUGCCUGACCCUUUUAGAAGACCUGCAGGAUAUGGAAAAUAUAAUUGAUGAUUUAUAUCAACCUAUAGAAAUUAUGUAUGAGAAGCUUGAGACAUACAAGCUACGGAUACCAAGAGAAGAAAUCACUGAUGUAACAAACCUUAGAAAUAAAUGGACUGAGUUAAUGAAUCUAACUUAUGUUGUUAAGGAAAAUUUGCUAAAGGAAAAGCAAGAUGUAUUUAAACAAGAACUUGACAAACAAGUUAAGAGCUUUAUGGUGGAAGUCAUUCAGUUUCGAAACAGUUUUGAUACACAAGGGCCCGCGGCCCCAGGUGUGAAGCCUGAAGAAGCUGUAGCUCGGCUGCAUAAUUUUAAAGAGAAAUACCAGGAAUACCAUGCCAAGAGGAAUACACUGAACUCAGUGCAAAAGCUUUUUAAUAUUGUUCCAAAGCAAUUCCCAGAAUUGGACAGGACAGGAAAGGACCUACAGCUCCUGGGAACUCUUUACAUCCUCUUUCAAAAAUUCAUUUCCUUUGACCAAAGAUUUCGGAAUACUCUAUGGGGAGAGGUAGACCUCACCCUUUGUAAUCAAGAGAUUGAGCAGUACUGUUCAGAGUGCUUGAUUUGGAAUGAAAAACUGAAGGACUGGGAUGCAUACACUGAAAUGGCACGAGCAAUAAAAUUCUAUGAGGACAUAUUCCCACUUCUACAUGAACUGAAAUCCAAGGAAAUUCGGAAUCGUCACUGGUUGCAAGUAAUGUCUAUAACUGGAAGUUCUUUUCCUCUUGAAGCCAAUGUCUUCAAAGUUUCUCAUCUUCUGGACAUCGGACUACUGAAACUCAAGGACCAGUUAAUUUCUAUAGCAAAGGCUGCAAAGAAAGAAAUGGAUCUUGAAAUUAAAAUGAGAAAAGUAGAAGAAGAAUGGACUGAACAGGUGCUUAGCUUUAAGCCAUACAAAAACAGGGGGCCUAUAUCCUUGGUGAAAGAGGAUUCUCUCCUUUUGCUUGAGGAACUAGAAGAUGCUCAUGUGCUUCUUGCCCAGAUGCUAGAAUCAAAGGAAAUUGACCCGCUAAGAGAAGAAGCAAUGAUAUGGGCGGAGAAGUUGAAGCGAGUGCAUGAUGUGCUUGACCUAUGGAUAGAAGUACAAGAGCUAUGGCAGCAUCUUGAGGAGAUAUUUAAUAAUUCUGCAAUAAUUAAGGAACUCCCUAUUGAGGCAAGAAAAUUUGCAAAGGUUGACAGAAGUUGGACUCUUAUGAUGCGUUCCGCAUACAAGAUAAAAAAUGUCUUACAGUGUUGUUGCACAGGAGAUGUUCCCAAGGAAGUCCUUCUGAGACAUAUCUACCAAGAGCUCGAGAUCUGUUUUUGCUCGCUGAACUCCUACCUUGGCAGAAUGAGAGAGACUUUUUCACGUUUCUAUUUCAUGUCAGAUUUGGCUCUCAUCUCUGUGCUCAGCCGCCCCUGUGAUAUCCAAUAUCUCCAGCAUCAUCUAAGGUCACUUUUUGGUGGGGUUUCAUCUAUUGAAGUGGAGGAGCUGGAAGAUGAGGAAAGUGAAAACACUGAAGAGGAACAGGUUGAAUUUUCAGGUCCCAUACCUGAUUUCUUGAGUGUUCGAUCUGGAAAUGAAGGCUGGCUUUCUGUAGGUCAAAGAAGUACAACUCUUGUCACAGAUACUGAAAGUAUUUUUCAAAGAUCUCUUAAAUCUGGAGGCGUAUCAUAUGAAAGAAACCCAACAGUUCUACACAAAGAACCUAAAAAGCUCAUGAAUGCCUUAGCUGUAACAGCAACUGAGGGGGAAACUCUUACGUUAAAUGAACAGAUCGCCAUUGGGUCUGGUGUAGGAGUAUGGCUCAGUAAGCUUCAGAGCACACUGCGUAUGUCAUUAAGUGACAAAAUCUAUCAAGUGGUCAAUGACAUCAAUCAAGGAAUGACUAUUGAAGAAUGGACAGAGAAGUACCCAACCCAAGUUGCCGUUCUUGGCUUGUUUUACUUAUGGACAUGGGACUGCGAAAGCACUAUUACUGAAAUGAAACAGGAUCGCAAAGCUUUGUCUCGUGCCCUUAAGAAGUAUUCUGGAAUGGUCACCAGAUUGUCCAGUGUCACAUCAAAAGGGCACUGGAAAAAUACAGAAGAGACAAUUUCUCUUUGCGAGAGAAUGAAGCUAGAAAAUAUAAUAAUGCAAGCACUUUAUUUUCGUGAUGUCAUGGAGAGCAUUACUUCCCGCAAAAUCUGUGAGGUGUCUGAUUUUGAUUGGAAGAGAACUGCAAGGUUUUAUCUCAAAGAAGAAGAUGGCGAAAUGAAAUCUGAGAUACAUAUACUAGAUGCACAAUAUGGCUAUGGUUGUGAGUUUUAUGGUGCAAAGCUCCCUAUGAUUAUGAAUCCGAUAACAGAGAAAUGUUUUCUGAAAAUAUCACAGGUUCUACAACAAGUAAAUGGUGUGAUCCUAACAGGAGAUCAUGGUGUUGGAAAAACGGAAACAAUAAAGGGCUUAUCUUAUUUGCUGGGAAACUUCCUGUUCCUCUUUUCAUGCUCGCCUACCUCCGAAGUGUCUGUUCUUAGAAGAGUAUUAAAUGGAGCUGUACUUGAUGGAUGCUGGUGCUGCUUUGAUGACUUCCAACUUCUGCCCAGGUUGGCUGUGUCGGUUAUAAUGAAUGGUGCCCAAGCCCUUUAUGAUUCAGUAAAAGUCAGACUUUCCUGUGCCACUUUACAAGAUGGAUUCAAGGUCACAGCAGACAGAAAUUGCAACCUGUUCCUCACUGUCUCCUGGAGUCCAGGAUUUCAAAGCCUAUCCAGUGAUGUACGAGCGCACUUCAGAGAUGUCUCUCUGGUUUCUCCAGAUAUCACCUUCAUUUUAAAGGCCAAAUUUACCAGCCUUGGUUUCAGGAGCCCGAAAGCCCUUGCUACAAGACUUCAGCUCAUCUCAGAAUUGAUCAAAGAGCAACUAGCUGAGAACUACCUGCAGUGCUUUACUUUGCAGUCUAUGAUGGAGGUGGUAUUUCGGGCGUAUCAGAGACGUGAAACUCAGAAGGAUGGUAGCAGUCAGCAAAGUACUUCCGAGCCAGAUGGAGGAAAGGUUUCUCGUUCUAGCAGUGCCAUGUCUUACCAACAACUCGCACGAUAUGGAACAAGUUCAGCAACCACAUUCAAAACUGGUAACAGCUCAGACAAGAAAAAGAACCCCAUUUCUUCCAACCCUGCUCUUGCUGCUGCCAAGGAAAGCCAUGUACUAAUAGCUGAUGCACUCAAUGAUGUCAUUGGUCCCAGAAUGACUGGCAGUAAUUUUCUAGUAUUCAAGCAAAUCAUUGGAGAUGUGUUUAUGGGAAUGUAUGAUUCACCAGGAGCCCGGCAGAUUUCUCAAAAGGAGCUGGAAAAAGCUAUUGCAAUACAAAUGGAGGAAAAUCAAUUAUUUCCGCAUUCACCAUGGCUGAACAAAGUGAAACAGUUCUAUAAUCUUUCUCUAGUCAUGCCUGGUAUAAUUGUGGCAGGACCUCCAGCCUCUGGAAAAAGUUCAUGUAUCAGGGCCCUUGUGCAGUCCCUUAAUCACCUUCAAGUGUCCCCAGAGGAGCCAACUCAUAAACUUGUCAAGAUCAACCCCCUGAGUGUGGACCAGAGCAACCUAAUGUUUGGCAGUCAGAAUGCGUCACACAUUUGGGAAGAUGGCAUUGUCACCUAUGUUUGGAAGAGAGCUAUACGAAGUCGAAACAACACCUGGAUAUGGUUUGAUGGGCAGCUUAGUUCCAACUGGUGUGACAAUUUUAAUAGUGUUCUAGGAUGUGAAAAGGAGUUGCUGCUUAGCAAUGGUGAUCGCUUUGAAGCCCCUGAGAAUCUAAAACUGGUUUUCGAAACAACUGAUUUACAGCUGGCUUCACCUGCCACUCUAACAAAAGCCGGAAUAUUGUAUAUAGAAGGGGAAGCUCUUGGCUGGAAACCCCUUUCUAAAGUUUGGCUGGAUAGAAGAAAUCAACAAGAAAAUGCUGUACUUUCAAAAGCCUUCUACAAGACGCUGGAUCCCAUCUUUAAUUACAUUCUUCAUGAUGCCACGCCGGUUGUUCCAGUCACAGAAGUUUGCCUGUUCCGCUCUUGCACAAACCUUCUAGCAGUCAUGCUGAAUGACAAGGCACAAAGCAUUGGAGGGCAGUUGCAUAUUGAGAGGCUUUUUAUCUUCUGUCUUAUCUGGUCGGUGGGAGCCCUCAUUGACCGCACAGAAAGAAAGAAGUUCAGUGAGAUGCUCAAGAUUUACACUUCAGUUUUGCCAGAUGAUGACCAUGAAAUUUCUGUCUUUGAUUAUUACCUUGAUGAGUCUGGAGAGUGGGACACUUGGCAGUCACGUUUGCCAGAAAUGACAUACAUUGGCAGCACAGACAUCAUGGGAGAGGUGUUUGUUGAGACACAAGACACGAUGAUAAUCCGCACUUUUUUGGAAUAUGCUAGAAUGGGAUCCCAGCAUGUCCUAUUAACUGGACCUCCAGGGUGUGGGAAAACGGCAUUAAUAAAUGACUUCAUCUCAACACAAGACAGAGCUCAUACUGUGCUGAAACGAAUGGUGUUUUCAGGAUCUUCGAAAGCCAAAGAACUCCAAGACCUCUUGGAGGAAAAUAUAGUUCAUAGACAAGGUUUUGUCUAUGGUGCAAAGGAUGGAAAAUCUCUAAAACUGUUUAUUGAUGACAUGAGCCUGCCCACACCAGAUGAGAAUGGGGUGCAGAGUUGCAAUGAGCUGCUACGGAUGCUUCUGGAUGAUAAUGUCCUUGUAAGACUGAGAAAACCUUUUGAAUGGCAGUGUCUGGAGGGGAUUAUUGUAAAAGCAGCAAUGUCCUUACCUAAGUAUGAGAACAGUACCCAGAGAACCUUCUCCCAGAGGCUUAUGCGUCAUUUUGCCAUAUUUCACCUGCCAGAACUAGAAGGAUCACAGCUGCAGCAAGUCAUUUUCUCUGUACUUGAAGCAAACAUGGGUGACAAAGAAGGACUUCCAUUGCAAGAAGAAUUGCAAUUGUCUAUUGCCAAAGCCUCUUGCCACCUUUUGGAAUCUAAAAAGAAAGUGUUAGUUCCAUCUUCUACUCCAGGAAGACAACACUAUCUGUUCUCCAUGAGAGAAAUUAACAGGACGUACCAGGCACUUCGGAGGUUGUCCAAUGAAGAUCGAGAGGACCCUGUUACUGUUGUAACUUACUGGAAACAUGAAAUAUGCCGUGUUAUUCAAGAUAAGAUCUGUCGCCAAACUGACCUGAACUGGUUCAACUAUGAAUUAAGCAAUAUCAACUCAAAGUAUUUUCCAGAUAUCUCCACAUCUUCUGCUAAGAAACUGUUUGUAACUUUUCCUUUGGAGAUGACAUUUUCGAAUCAAAUCAGUGCAGGGAACAGAGGUGUCAAGGUCAUGCUGCAGCCUGUUGGGAAUUUAAACGAUGUAAGGAGAUACUUGCAAACCAUUGUUCAGCAUUAUAAUGAACAACUUGGGCGCCAAAAGCUGCACAUUGAAUUGUCAGACAAUGUUGUGAUACAUAUAAUGCGCAUGCACCGAGUCUUAUCUUGUGAACACGGGGGGAACAUUAUGUUGGUUGGAGCAGUAGGCUCUCACUUAUCCACCCUUGUGAAAAUGGCUCUCUAUGUUGCGGACAUACCUCUUCAUGCACUGGAUACAUCAAGUCACAGUAACUUUAUUAAUAGUUUAAAAUCAGCAAUCCAGAUUUCUGCUGUAGAAGGAAAACCAACAGCCAUCAUGUUAACGGCACAGGAACUGGAUAUUGAAAGCUACGUAGAUGCCAUUAACAGCCUGCUGAUAUGUGGAGAGUAUGCACCAUUGUUUAGCAGUGAAGAAAUGAAUGAUCUUCUGCAGGUUCUUGGUCCAGCUUUAAGGAGGAAACACCCCCAUCUUAGUCUUGACCCAGCCAAGUACCUUGUCUCCCAAGUGAAAUCACAUCUCCGUAUUAUAGUAUGCCUGUCUCCUAACCAUUCUCUCCUGAAGACUGCUAUAAAGAAGUUUCCAGGAUUUUUAAGUGGCUGCCAGAUGAUAUGGGUAGACACCUGGUCACAGGAAGCCAUUCAUAGAGAAUCAAAGCAUUACAUUACGCAACACGAGAUCAUGGGAUCCCACACGGAUGACAUGAAGGAAAGUGUUGCUUUGGCCAUUUCCCUAAUCCAUAGAUAUAUGCUUGAAGAAAAUGGGCAACUUCCAUGGGUUAAAGGUAGCUCUUGGGCCCUGAUCAACACACAGAUGGAGGGGGCAGAGACAAGUGAUGGCAAUUUUCCACAUUGUAAAGAAAUCAUUCAGGAAAGGAUGAUGAUCUUAUCAACAGGAAAGAAUCAAAUGACUGAUAACGUUUUUAUUGGACCAAACACACUAAAAAUCUUCCUAGAUAACUUUAAAUUCAUUUUCUUAAAGAAAAUGGAAGAAAUGAAUAAAGAAAUCAGCCAAUUAAAGGGUGCAAUAAAAACACUGGAUGAAACAAGGACAGAGGCAAGAGAGACUCAAGAAACUCUAAAAGUAAUUGGUAAAGACUACGAGGAAGCACAAGCUACAGCAGCAGAUGUUUUAAAUAAACUCAUCACCAAAACCUCAAUAUUGGAGAGAUUAAAGGCUGAGCUUGGCAUUGGAGACAAGAAUCUCCAGAUUUUUCUCUCACAGAAUGACAGUGAUCUCGAUGUACUGCAAGAAGAUGACGCUUUACUGAAAGAAGACACUCUUGAUGAAUAUGAUGAGGUAUUUAUUCGCAUGAAGGAGGCCAAUAAAAAAUCACACCUAAAUGAGAUACUGCAGAAGAUAGAGAAGGCACAAAAUGAUCUGAAUGAUGUAAGAAAUAACUUAAAAGUCACCAAAAGCCAGGUAAUGCACUGGUGCACUAAAGUGGACAAAGCCUGCACCGAGAGACUUGUAAGGUGCCAGAAUCCUCCAUAUCUAGUUGCUCAGAUUUUAGAAAUGGCUUUGGUUAUGGUUGCUUGUCUUCCAAAAAAUGAAAACAUGAACGAUCUACCCAGAUCUCCUGCACACUCAUUUGAAAAUGCAGCUAACAGAAAUAGCAAGUUUCAGCCUUCACCCCUUGGAAAAUCAUCACCACGGAAAGGUACAAGGGAUCCUAUUGAUAAAGUAGACAGAGCCAAAUGGAAGACUUUGCAAUACUAUGUAGGAGAUACCAGCAAGUUUGUUGACUUAAUACAUCAAAUUGCUAAACUUGAAGAUGGACUUCCAGAUCAGACUCUGAAAGAUGUAGAAAUGUAUCUUGGAAGAGCAAGAGAAGGUUCCCAAGGAGUAACCGGUGAAGGAUCCUUGCUUGAAAAUGCUUCUCCACAUGCAACACCCCAGUCCAUCACACCAGCUAAAAAGUAUUUCCCCCCAGACAGUAGCAAAACAAAAGACGCCAGGAGAGGAGGAAUAACUAUUGCAGCAGCACGGUACAGCUCUGAAGAUGCAGCCACUUUAGUAGCAUUUAUUGUUGCCAUUGUGGAGUACACUAGACUUUGUGUACCCCUGAAAGAGUGUCUCAAGAGACUAUCUGAUCUAGAAAGGGAAAAGGAGGAACUUAGUCUGAAAGAGGAGCAGAUCUCUGUUGUGGCAACUAAAAGCCCAGAGGAAGAGCUUCCAGUAGUCCAUGAACAAACACUUAAUACACUCACUGCAGAAGAUUUCCCCUCUCUUCAGACUGAGGUUGAACAGCUGCAUGAGCAAUAUGAUGUUGCUGUGAGUCGUAAACACCAAUUAGGGGUGGAGCUGCAUUCACGGCAGGAAAGGCUUUUGGCUGCUCUGGACAUGUUGGAAAGGCUGAAAAUAAAGGAGAAGGAAUGGAGAAAAACAGUGGAAGAGAGCAGCAUUACGGAACUACUUACCAAUUGUGUGCUAGCUGCAGCCUUUCUCACCUACUGCCCAGCUCUUAGUUUUGGUAGCAGAAUGAGGGUAAGAGGAUUGCUUUUCAAAUUCUGUGAAAGAUGUGGGCUUCCCAUGCCUCAACGCAUGCUUCUAAAUGAUUUUUCACUCAUGCAGUUUCUACACACUCAGAUUGAAAUAAAGGCAAUGGAGGCAAGAGGCCUUCUUGUUGACCCACUUUCAUUGGACAACUCCUGCAUACUUCGCAACAUAAAUGGCAACAAUGCCUGGGUCCUAGUGUGUGACCCAACUGGUCAAGCUGUAGAGUGGAUACGUGGACACCUCCGAGAAGCAAGCGUAGAAGUAAUGCACCAUUAUUUGACUUCUGAGCUGGACACGUGUCUGACUGAUGGGCAAACUCUCCUGCUCACCUACUGUGAUGUUAGGGCUCUUCCCCAGGAUCUCAGAUUCAUGCAGCUUCUUCGUUCAAAAAGAGAAUUCCAGCACCAUAAAGUUCCUUUUAAAAUGAUGUUUGCAGAGCAUGAAGUAGAGUGCCACCCCAGUUUCCAAAUUUAUCUACACACCACCAGCAUGCCUGAUGAAAUACCAGCAGAAGUGGCUUCCUUUUGCACAAUACUUUCCUUCUACCAGGAUCAAGAGAGAUUAGUGGAAGAGCUCUUAGACCGAUUUGUAAAGCAAGAGAAACCCAGGCUAAGAGAAGAGUAUUUACACCUGAAACAGGAAUGCUUGGAGAGCAUGGUGACACUUUCUUCUUUGGAAGGAAAAAUUCUAGCCAGCCUGCAGAAUGAUGGCUCCCUCCUGAGAAGCCUCUCUGUGACUAAGAAGUUGGGGGACCUUAAAAUGCAGCAUGAAGAAGCUACAGAAAUGUACAUGAUGAAUCUUGCUUUGGAAAGGAACUUGCUACAUGCCAGAGAGGGGUUCCGAACUAUAGCUUUGCGGGGAGCUGUAAUGUUUGACACAGCUAGAAAGCUUCACCAGCUCAACCAAAUGUAUGACAUCAGCUUUAGUCAACUGAUGGAUCUCUAUGAUAUAUCUGUGGCACAUUCAGAAAGAUAUUCAAUCAAAGGUGUCAUAGCUUGUGUGACAAGCAACAUAUUCUCAUAUAUUUCAAGGUCUUUGUUGGAGAAAGACAGAAUGGUUUAUGCAUUAGUAGUCACCUUUGAAGUUGAGAGUUCAUUAGGAAGAGUGCAGCCAGGUGAGAGGGAAUUUAUUUUGUCUCCAGAAUUGUGUCACACGGAGCUGCAGACACUGGGGAAUAAAGUUUCUGAAAGUCGCCAGCAGGCAAAGUCUCCGUUUGAAUGGAUGACUGAAGAGCAGUUUAAAAAUGUACAGAUCCUAGCCAUGCAUUUUGACUGGUUUGGAGACCUAUUUGACCGAAUGUACAAGGAUGGUAAAGAUCUAACAUGGAAGACAUUCUGUGAGAGUGAACAGCCUGAAAAUCCUACCAAGGUGAAAUGGCCGGAGGGGCUAGAAGAACUUAAUCCGCUGCAGAGAUUCUUGGUUUUAAGAGCCGUGAGGAUGGACAGAUUCCUGCCGGCUGCUUCUUACUACAUCAGUGGAAUUCUGGGUAAAAUGUAUACGGCAGAGUUGGUAGUAGAUCUGCAGAUGACACUUGUACAGAUGUCACACUGUCAGCCAGGACUAUUGAUCUAUGACAUGGACAGCAACCUCCCACGGACAUUGCUUCUGGAUUUAGCGAAAAGAAUGAACCAGACAAUAACCAUUUUCCCUAUCAGUCAGGAUGCAGAGAAGGCAGAGGAAAUAAUUAACAAUGGCAUGUCAGAGGGACACUGGGUAUUGUUAGAGAAUGUGCAGAAUUCUGUGAAAUUAAUGGCAUCAAUUGAAGGCAUUUUGAAGUCCAAAAAGAAUCCAGACAAACAUUUCCGACUCUGGAUUUCUGUCCAAGCCAGGCAGGAUCUACCAGUUAGGCUGCUUCAUUAUACUGUGAAGACCGUUGUCAGCGCACCAGUGAAUAUGAAAGGUGGACUAAUUCACUCCUGGCAGUUUAUUGGACAAGAAACCUUAUCUGCAAGUAGACGCCCUGAAUGGCCAGCAUUGCUGCACAACCUCUGCUUCUUUCACUGUGCUGCUCGACUAAGAACAUUAUAUGGCACAUCAGCAGGCUGGAAUUGCCCAGAAACUAUGCGGUUUGGAUGUACAGAACUCAUGGAAAGCCUUCAGUUACUGCAAAAUGAAUUUAAAGACGAGUUUGACACUAGUGGACAAGUACCACCAUGGGCCACUAUCAGAUACUUACUAUCAAAGGUGAUUUAUGGAUGCAGCGUAUCAGAUGAAUUUGAUAAGAACAUUUUGACAUCGAUGAUCGAUUACUGGAUUAGUCCUACUACUGCAAAGAAAGACUGUGAACUUACCAAAUUAAAAUACAAGAUUCCACCAAUUUUUUUUACCUACGAUCUCAACCCCGUCUCUCUGGCACAAGCAUUGGAUUCCAUUCCUAUGUACUAUUUAGAUGCCCCUGAAGCAUUCCACAUGCAUCCUUCUCCAGCGGUGACAUUUGGUGAAGAGUACUAUGUUAUGUCAAAGCUCAAGCAACUCCAUGAGGCAGUUCCUUGGCACAAACAUUGGUCAUACAGCAAUGCCAACAUUCAACAAAUAAUUCAUACAGGUCCUGAGCCAGCUGAAACUUUGCUAGGGACAGUACAAGAAGCAUGCAGCAGCUCUGUUGCUACUUUUGUCAAGUUAGACAAACUGUCAGAGCUGCAUGAGGUCUGUGUUUCCCUCCUGUCUAAAAUGCCUCGUGGAUGGAGCCGGGAUUUUAUACAUGAACGACUGAGAAAACUUGGAGGGGAAACACCUUUCAAUCUAUUUUUAAAGAAGGAACUGGACCAUCUGUUAUUUUCACUGACUGAAAUAAGAAGGAAUUUGCAGAUGAUAAAGAAUAGCCUAGAGUCAUCAGACAUAUCAGGAGAUCAACUUCCAGAGGCUGCCAUUAGUAUUGUCAAUGAUUUGUACCAUAAAAGAGCCCCUACAUACUGGUGGAAGCUGGCAUGGAACUUCCCCUGCCCCUCUGAUUUGUCACUCUCAUCGUGGAUUCAGGAUUUACAACAGCGGGUUGCACAUUUUGAAAAACUGUUACAGCUAGGCCGUGAAAAAAUGCCCACAUAUUGGCUCGGAGCUUUUCAGAACCCAAAAGGCCUCCUGUCUGUGCUAAAGCAGGAAGCUAUUCGGAGAUAUUCUGGAAGAUCAGGAAACAUUGAACCAAUACGAUUAAAAACGGAAUUAACCCAGAGAGACAAAGAUCAUAUAAGAGAUCCACCGCAUGACGGUAUAUUUAUAUAUGGAAUCCAUAUCUGGGGAGUGUUAUGGAACAAAACUGAUUCAGAAGUUGUGGAUUCCCCCCCAAAACAAGCACUGAAUACUUUGCCAGUCAUUUAUCUGCAAUGUCUUCCCAUUUCAGAGAAACCUGGAAUUGGAGAUACUUUAAGAGGAUUAGAAACAUACAAUUGCCCUGUGUACUCUUCUACAACCUAUGUAAGAGAACCAAUAUUCCAUGUAGAUAUACACAAAGAAAAUAUAGCUAGUUCACGUUGGGCACUUAGAGGCAUGAAAGCAACUAUCCAUCCAUUUUGAUCACCCAGACGCAAUAAAGAUGAACUUUACUGUAACUUGUGUAAACUAACUAUGCAUCUUAAAAGUUAUAUUAUUUUUAUAAUAUCUUAAAAGGCAAUACUUAAAAUGCUUUAAAGGAGAAGAAAAGGCAGAUUUAAUU